CGGAACAUGAAGCAGAAGAGGGGGAAGCGCUGAGGCAUCCGGGCUAUGCUAGCGGCUAGCCCUCACCGGCCGGCUAUUCCUACACACAUACUGGCCAACGUACAGUCACUGGACAAUAAACUGGACUACAUUCGGCUACUCCGCACAGCUUCCAAGACUGUGUCUUUGUGUUUGUGGAGACAUGGCUCAAUGACAGCGUCCCGGACUGUGCCAUUCAGCUAGCCCGGCUAACGUGCCACCGGGCAGACAGAGCGCUCGUCGAGGGGGGGAAGACUCGCGGCGGGGGACUCUGUGUUUACAUCAGUGAUGCCUGCUGCCGCAAUGCUGUUGUGGUCUGUAAACACUGCUCUCCAUUGGUGGAGCUUAUGAUCAUGAAGUGCCCGCCAUUCUACCUGCCGAGGGAAUUUAGUGCCAUAUUGUUGGUGGCAGUUUACAUCCCUCCUGGCUCCAGCAACAACAGGAGUGAGGCACUGAACGAACUCUAUCAGCACAUCAGCGAGCAGAACACAGCCCACCCUGAUGCCUUUCUCAUCCUGGCUGGGGAUUUCAACCACGCAAACCCCAAGAGCGUGCUUACACAACUCCAUGGUCACAUCAACUUUCCCACAAGAGGUACCAACACUUUAGACAAUGUUUACACUGCUUGUAGGGGAGCCUACAAAGCCCUCUCCCUUCCCCACCUCGGAGCCUCAGACCACACCACUGUUGUGCUAAUGCCAGCAUACAGGCCACUGAUUAAAGUGGCCAAACCAGCUACAAAGCAGGUACGUGUGUGGCCUGAGGGAUCUACAGAGGCACUCCAGGACUGCUUCUCCACCACAGACUGGAGUGUCUCCAAGCAAGCAGCCACCUACAACAACAUCACUGACCUCCAGGAGUACACGGAGACCGUCACGUCCUACAUGAGGAAGUGCAUGGAUGAUGUCACUGUCACCAGAACCAUCACCAUACGGGCCAAUCAGAAACCUUGGCUAACAGGAGGCUCCUGAGGGCCAGGAACACUGCCUUCAGAGCUGGGGACGAGGUGGGCCUAAGGACUGCCAGGGCCAACCUGUCUCGGGGCAUCAGACUGGCCAAGAGACAGUACUCCAGGAGGAUUGCAGACUGUUUCAGUGACAGCAGAGACAGCAGGAACCUGUGGCGAGGAAUCCAAACCAUCACGGACUACAAGCCCUCUCCACGAACCUGUGAUAGCUCCAUCUCUCUGCUGAACCAUCUGAAUAACUUCUUCGCCCGCUUUGAGGCAGACAACAACACUCCAGAACCUGCAAAUUAGAAGUAUAUCUGAACCAGCAACAUAUUGAGCAAGACUUUGUUCUGAUGUUUGGAGGAGGAGUGUCAGGCAAGCUACUGGAAAAGUGGACCACUGUAUUCAACAAAAAAGUGAUUCAGCAGUGCAAAAAGCUUCCAAGCACCAGUGAUUUGGAAGAACUACUGCUCGCAGCUGAAUCACCUACUGGUAUCUCAGAAGAGGGUGUUAGUUUUUGUAAGGUAAAAUUUUGCUAACAUAACGUGCGUUUAAACAGGUUGAGACGGCACCCUCUUUAAUACUUCUGUUGCAUUUGAUCCCACCCUCUGCCCAAGGCCGAAAAAGACCAGGAAAGGUCUCUGCCUCUCUUCAAGAAGGUUUGUUUUGUUCUGUUCUGUUUUAUAUUUAACAAACUGGUGAUAGAUCUCUUAUUUGCUUGGAUUUCUUAGAGUGGAACAAACAUUGAGGAGAAUCUCAGCUAUUGCUCAGCCCUACUUCCUAGCCAAAGAAUUCAGUUCACCAGCCAUUCCAUGCAAGUCAACCUCUUCUCUUGGUGCCUUUGACGAACUGUUUAAAAGGCACACUUUGUUUUUGGCACCUCUUCAACAUGCUACACAACAUGUACAUUUUCAUUCAAACUACUGUGCUUAACAUAGAUGUUGGCAAGGUGAAAGAGAGUCCUUGUGUUGCGGAGCUAGGUUGCUUAGCUAGGUGCCUUUAGUUUCUCCACCCUCAUUAAGUUUUUUGUAGUUAAAUGGUUGAAACUUGCUUCUUAGGCACUUCAGAUUAGUUCAUGGUUUUGUUCCUGGAAAGAAUCUGACUUAAAUGUGUAGUUCUGUAUUUGGUACUUUUUUCAGGUUUUAGAAAACAUGUGAAUACAAAACAUACUAAGCAAAGUGAUCAGAGUUUUGACACCAUUUACAACCCUGAGACUGCUGAGGCAGAAGGACAAAGUACUCAAACAUUUGAUCAGAUUGUUAUUUUUGGAGAGGUGGCCACAACAUCAGUAUUGUGUGCGUCUGCUGUUGCACAAUUAAAAGUUGCUAGGUUAAGUCAGUCUGCUAUAAAUGGUUUUGUUUCACUUAUGGAGGAAAUAGUUCACAGUCAAGCCCAGGAUGCAGCUUUGCUUUGUUUGUCUACAAAUGACAUUGCUACUAAAAAGGAAACUAGAAAGUUCAAUUCAGCGUUUGGAAAAUUCAUUUACUUCGUUCAAUUCAGAAGCCAAAAGGAAAAAAAAAAACUUUACAGAGAAAUGGGCCACUGUUGAACCAACGCUAGUGCUUGCAGGAGAAAUAAAACUACUAGUACAUUUGAUCAAGUUGUUGUAACAGAUAAAUUUGCCUAUAUUCCCAUUUUAGAAACACUGAAGUCAAUUUUUUAAAAAAAAUCCACAUCUUACUGAAUUCUUUAAACCCAGGGAAGGUGUUUAUGUUGACUUAAGUGAUGCGGCACUUUUUAAAAGUAACUUUUAGUUUGCACAGAAAAAAAUAUCUUACAAAUUUAUUUUACAAUGAUUUUGAGACCGCCAAACCUUUGCGUUUUAAAAAAAGGUAUACACAAAUUGGGUGAAAAGUAGUGAACGUUAACAAGCUGUUAUUUCAAACCAUUUGAUCUUCAGAUGAAAUAUGGCACAACAGAUUCUGUACUGUAUAAAGUGCCCUAUUGUCAUUUUAUGCAGAAGUGAUGUUUUUUCAAAUGUCAUGUAUGUGUUGAAGCCUGACAGUGUUUUAUUCAAAUGUUAAUGAAGCUGUUUUCUGCUCUAUGUAUUUUUUAAAAAAAAGAAAAACAAUAUAAGAGUUGACUUUGCACUUUAACUACAGUGCCAAUAUUUCACGUUCUGCUUUAUUUUAACCUAUUGCAAUACCAAAAUGUAUAAACUACUUAAUAGGAUAGGAUUAUUUUCCUUACACACACACACACACACACACACACACAACUCUGCAAAAGUGAAAUAUUAACAUUAAUUGGUGUUAAUUUUCUCUUAGUGUUAAAUUAUAUUAACACCAUUUAGGAGUCAACUUCUUCUAGUGUUAAAUUGUAGUAUAAUUUUACUCUGAAAAUUGAACACUUCUAAGAGAGUCAUUUUAUCACCAAAUCUAAGUGGGACCAAAUACACUCGAGUCUAGUGUUGAACUUAACUCUUAAAGAGUUGUUUUAACACUGCAAAAUUUACUGUGCAUAUGAAUUUGAUUAAACUUUUUCUUUCUUUG